UAGCCUGGAUCCCGUUAGCUUAGCCUGGACCCCUUUAGCUUAGCCUGGAUCCCGUUAGCCUGCGGUGGUUUUCAGCCCGACUCACGGGUCUCAUGUCGCCGCUGUCAACACACACGCUUCCGGUAAAUCCACUUUAUUUACGUGUUGAUGUGAAAAUCCCUGAAACCUGUGAAUACAACUGUAAAUAUAUUAAGGUGAAUAUACAAAUGUCACAUUAGCCGAUGGAGACAGUAUAUUCCUACUCAUUGACCUCGACAAUCUAAAGUAACUCAGUGAACCAGGUUUCACUCUUCGCGCUUCAGUCACGUUUGGAAACACGAACAGCUUUUCCACAAACGUGACACUGUUCCUUUAAGGUGACGUCAUCACAACUGUCCAGGCAGCACCAGCAUCAAACAGCAGACGAUGAUCAAGUUUGUGCUGAUGGUGAACCGGCAGGGUCAGACCAGACUGUCCCGGUACUACCAGCCCGUGGAGCUGAGCAGGAGGGCGGCGCUGGAGGCCGACGUGGUCCGCUGCUGCCUGAGCCGCAGGAAGGAGCAGUGUUCGUUUGUGGAGUACAAAGACUUUAAGCUGGUGUACCGUCAGUACGCUGCUCUGUACAUCGUGGUCGCAGUCACAGACGCAGAGAACGAGCUUUCCGUCUUCGAGUUGGUUCAUAACUUUGUGGAGGUUCUGGAUAAAUACUUCAGUCGAAUCAUGUUCAACCUGGACCGAGUCCACGUCAUCCUGGACGAGAUGAUCCAGAACGGACACAUCGUGGAGACCAACAAGAGCCGAAUCCUGGCGCCGCUCACCGCCCUGGACAAGAUGGCCGACAGCUGAGACUCCACACCACAGACCUUAAAUAAAGAUGGACGAUGCGUUUCCACGGAGAUCACAGGACUCCGCUGACGAACAGAUUGAACUACAGGGAAUCGAACCUGCGACGAUUCACUGAAUUAAAAAUGUGCUGAUCUUUUGCCAAUAAAUCAACCAGACUCUGACAUGAGCCUGAGCGGCCAGAUCGUGAUCUGAGGAUUAAUCAGUUCAAACAUGAUGACGUGUGACCAAUAGAUGGUGCUAUGACUGUAGCUGCUUUAAGACCUGAACUGAACCUGUGACGUGUUCCUCACAUGUUCCUCACAUGUUCUGCAUGUUGUGUAUGUGAGGACACAUGUCUGAGUCAGUGUCUCUGGAUCUUCUCCUGCAGCCUCUCGUGAAACAUCUGGAACCUUCUCAGUGAGCGAGUGGGCGUGUCUGAGGUUUCUAACACGUGACGGACGAUAUUUAACAGAUGUGUGAGCAGCUUGUGACAGAUUCUGUCCGUGACUCCAGGUUUGUCUCAGGGGACUUCGGGGGCCCCAGAGGGACGAGUCCCGAGCGACUUUGAUGUCAGACAGAAUUUGAGGGGCUUGAGUUUCCCAUGUUGAGUUCACGGUGAGAUCUGAGGUGGAAACACGAUGACGACAGGACUCCAUCUUUACUUCAUACUUUGCAAACAUUUUAAUGAUUAUUUUUUUGGAGCAUACACAUUUGAAAAUAUCUGUUUACCUCAAACUGCAACUUGAGUUAAAUAAAUGUUUAUAAUAUACAAAGAAAAUACAGGAGAGCAGAGCUGACACGUCUUCUUCUCUUUCCAUGUGCCUCGCACACGACCAGUGUUUCUGUCUCUACAGCUUCAUCAUAAAAGAAAACACCAAAUGCACUCUGACCCCUACAGCCGGUCAGAGACAACCCGGAAACUGUCACACACACACACACACACACACA